CGUUCGCUCCCUCUCCCUCCGGCGGCCCGAUGGUGGUGGCGGUGGCGCGGCGCGAUGAGCCGCCCGUCUUCCGCCGGCCCCGGCGCUAGCAAGCCCUGCAGCAAGCAGCAGCACACCCCGUCCCCCGCCGUACCCGCCGCCGUCCUGCCGGGACCCGGCGGGACUUCCUCGCCCCCUCCUCCCCCGCCGCCUCCCCCCCCGCCACCUCCUCCUCCUCCGCAUCAGCACCACGAACUGACCUCGCUCUUCGAGUGUCCGGUCUGCUUCGACUAUGUGCUGCCGCCCAUCCUGCAGUGUCAGGCCGGGCACCUGGUCUGCAAUCAAUGCCGGCAGAAGCUGAGCCUCUGCCCCACUUGCCGGGGCUCCCUCACCCCGAGCAUCCGGAAUCUUGCCAUGGAGAAGGUGGCCUCGGCCGUGCUCUUCCCCUGCAAGUAUGCCACAACAGGCUGCUCUCUGACACUCCAUCACACAGAAAAGCCAGAACACGAAGACAUCUGUGAGUAUCGUCCCUACUCCUGCCCAUGCCCUGGUGCCUCCUGUAAAUGGCAGGGAUCCCUGGAAGCCGUGAUGUCCCACCUCAUGCAUGCCCACAAAAGCAUUACCACCCUUCAGGGAGAAGACAUCGUUUUUCUUGCCACAGACAUUAACCUUCCAGGGGCAGUUGACUGGGUGAUGAUGCAGUCAUGCUUCGGUCACCACUUCAUGUUGGUGCUGGAGAAACAAGAGAAGUACGAAGGUCACCAGCAGUUCUUUGCCAUUGUGCUGCUCAUUGGCACCCGUAAGCAAGCGGAGAACUUUGCCUAUAGACUGGAGCUGAAUGGCAACCGCCGCCGGCUGACGUGGGAGGCAACGCCCCGCUCCAUCCACGACGGGGUAUCUGCAGCCAUUCUGAACAGUGACUGCCUAGUUUUUGAUACAGCUAUAGCACACCUUUUUGCUGACAAUGGGAACCUUGGCAUUAACGUGACUAUCUCUACAUGUUGUCCAUGAUGUGUUUGCAUAGCUAGUGAAACCUAGGCUGUCUGGACAUAGUGCUUUACAUUCACCAAGGGUUUUCUUUUGCUUCCUUUUUUUUUUUUAAUGAUAUUCAACUAUGCCAUUGUAUAUGCUAAGGUUCCUAACUAGCCAACAUUUUAAACUUUGGAGAGAAGAGCAACGAGAGUGUCCUAUAAGUAACAUGAGUGAGAAAAGGUCUUUUUAAAUUCUUGGGUGCCUUAGGAAGAUUCCCCACACACAGUCACCUUUCUUAAUUUAAUUAUAUUUUAUUUAAGGAGUGCUUCCAUUAGACAUGUGGCUUAAGAGACUUGAAGGACUGCAUUCCUGUUCAGAGCACACCCAAAAGCCCUUUCAGCAGGAACACAGACUUGUUCUCUCACUGGUGAGCUUUAAUAACUGUUUUUAGUAGGUGGGAAAGGAAAGAAAUCCAAGCAACCUCUCACAAGAGAGGUUGUGAAUCAAAGGGGAACAAUAGGUACUUCAGUGUUGAUACUCUAUUUCCUCCUACCUUAUUAAAAAGGGAUGGGUGCUGGAUCAUGUGCUGGGGUUUUGAAAGAAAAAAGGCGAGGAGGGGCUGAGGUAAAGCAGGGCAAGUUUCACAGUGUGGGAACUGCCAGCUCCUGUCCAUUUUAGGGGAAUUGAGUGAGCCCAGCACAUGGCACAACCACUCACAGCCAGGUGCAGGUGAGAGCAGGAGGCACACAUCCAAUGCAUCUAAAACAGCUAGAGCCAAGAAUAUAGUAAUAAGCUGUCCACAUGCAGCUUUCCUUGGAGACAUACUUGACUAUUGAUUAUUGUAAAAGACUAACAAUAUAGUGAGAGUUUUAUGGCCAGUGUCGCAUCAUUUGCUAUUUAAGUUUUGUUGCCAUAGUUACUUUUAUUUUGUAAUAAAUAUCUUGCAAAAACUA